AUGUCAAGAUAUCGUCGUUUCGGUUGGGUUCUUGCACUGAUAUAUGGCGCAGCAUGCGCAUCGACGGUUGCUACUGCUGUAGCUUCUAGUAACAAUGUCACUGGGUUAAAGGGUAGUAUGGAAGGUUUCCUCGAGUUGUACGAGAAUGUUGACGAUUCUGAACUUCCUACAAGCUUCAUGGAAGUCGCUAGUGGGACUCCUCGACUUGUAGAGGCUGCCCAUCCUCUGGCCCAGCAGGAGCGCAUGCCACGCGGUGCUGGCAUGUUCAAACCUCGUAAGAAAUUUACAUUCCGGAACGUUUCUCUAUACUUGGCUGAUAACCACCUGGAUGUUCGUGAUGCCAAUGGGAUUAUCCUCGGUCGUUUCACCAUGAACCAAGAUGACGAGUAUACGAUGUCUUUGUUGAGUACUCUUAACCAGCGUCACACCGCCAAGUGUGACGUGAAAUGGGUACCCACCGUAAAAGACAGUGAUAAGAGCAGCGGUGAGAUAAAGUUUGAGUGCAAAAGUAAGCUGCCUGCCGUGGGUUACACUGGGCAAAUCCCUAUUGCUGUUGAAGUUACUGGUUUGACAAAGGACCGUGUUCAGAGGAUUUACCUCAACACUGAUGGUUACUAUUUCCGCCGUGAUUUUGAGAACUUGGAUCAGCUACGUCAUUCUAUUCUGUUGGCUCUCGGUAUAGACCUUGACCAUAAGAUAAGAAUUGCCAAGGUUAACGGCCACCGUUAUCCUGAUGAUGACGCUACAUACCAGGCAAUAAUGAAGCAUGUUGAGCGUGGUGGUGACACUGUAAAGCUUACAGUUGAGCCUAUGAUUCGUGUGAAAGCCAAUGUGCAGGAGCCUUACUCGUCUACUGCCGAGAACUUUAACAAGGAAGUUGGUAACAUUUCCAUCAACGACUACAUGAAGAUGCUCAAGGACACUAAGCGUCUCAUGCAGAUGGCUAAUGAUAACCUUGGUGAAGAUGCCAACGGUUUCACACUUGUUGGUAUAAAUGACCUUCAUGAGGGUUCUAAAGGUUUCAACGGUAGGCGUCCAUACAAGAUGCCUGUUGAGAUUGACGAGAAGUUGACGUUUAUGCCGGAUGUUACUGUCCGUUUUCAUUAUCUUGAUACUGACGUUGGUACUAUGUCAUUCCCCGUCCACACAUUGGUUUCUACUGUGAUUAACAAGGGUCGUGACCUAGUGAAAAAGAACCGUGGUGGAAAGGAUAAGAACGCAUACCGUUUAUAUGCAUAUGCAUUGCCUGGUUGUCCUCUUGAGGAAGGUGAUGUGUAUAAUAUGAUGAAGCUUCGGAAGAAUUUGACAAUUGCACAACUACCAUUCAGCGAGACAUGUUUCAACCGUCGUACACACAUCAUCAACUUCUUCUAUCUCAACAACAAGCCUGCCAACUAUGUUUUCGAUGUUGAAUUGACCAACCCUGAUGGUUCCCGCACUAAGCCUCACCGUUUAACUGUUAAGUAUGUGAACGACGCAGAUCUGUCAACAUUGAAGGAUGCGAUUGUCCGUGAAUUUGAGAAAGAGGGUUACAUGGUUGCUCCUGAAGACUUGACUUUUGUGAACGUUAUCCGUUCUGACGGUGGUAGCUUGUCUGAUAAUACUCCCAUAUCUAAGCUUGCUGAUAUUCCUAAGGAGCAGAUGUUGGGUCACGUUUCCCAUUUGAACUUGUCAGCGCAUCCUCACCUGAUGGGUUACUUUACCGAAUCUGGUGGUAAGCACGACACUUUUGAUAUUAACCUUCCUACAACUCGUCCUUCUGCUGCCGACAUUCGUGAUGCUUUUGAGAAGGAGUUACAUUUGCGUAACCUUUUGAAACCCGAGGAGACUCUUCACACGUCGCUUCGGUUUCACCCUUUGGACGGCAAGCAUAAGAUUCGUAUGAAUUUGUUUGUGAACCCCGAUGAUGAAGGACAUUUCCCAACUGGUACUAAACUGCGUGGUAUGGCUGCAGAGGCAGAUUCGCGUUACGAGAUCCCUAUAAGUUUCACGAAUGAUGAUGGUAAAGUGCAUCGUUUCACGGUCCACAUACCAUACGGUGCCACUGAGCAGCAAAUGGAAGAUUUGAUUGCUGAUGAGAUUGAGCGUCGUAAGUAUGGUGACCGUCCUCAUGAGAUGUAUAUUCGUAUGAAAGGUAGGGACGAUGAUGGUUUGGGUGGUCUUUGGGAUGGCGAGUUUAAUAAAGACAUGGAAUUCAAUGUGGAACCCGCUCGUCGUAUCGAUAUCGGUGGUGUUAUUGACGACUUUCCGACCAAGAUCUCGAUUAAGAUUCAUCCACAUGAAUCUCGUGACGAGCUUGAGCGUGCAAUUCGUCGUAACUUGAUGCGUGAUCCUGUACUUGAACCCCGUUUCCGUGAUAAUCCUAACCACAUCAAUGACGUGUCUACAUUGAUCAUUAAUGAAGGCGGUGUUCCUUACAGUGACGAUGACUUCAAAUCUCAUGACAUCUAUGACAACAUUCGCAAGGUACGUAUUGGUGUAUCCGAUCACCCUUUGACCCUGUCAUGGAGGGACCCGAUGAGUGGUAACGAGCACAAGUUUUGUUUCAGUCGUGCGGGUGACGUGUGUCGUGGUGUACCUGUUGAGAUUUUGGCUAGGAUGAACAUUCAACAAUUAUCUGAGGUUUUGCGCGGUGCCAUCCGUUCUGAUAACCGUGAGCUACACGAAUCCAUUGAGUCACUUCCGCGUAAGAACAGCAACUUUACAUCUACUAUGAAGCUUGACAGUGUUAUUUUGGUUGGUGGUCAGCGUGUUGCUACUCCUGAUAUUAAGUUGAGUGAUCCUGUUGCGAUGGUCGAGCAUUUGUACGGUACCAAGUUAUCGCACGUUGCUUCAUUGGUAUUUUCACUAAUGACCCACCAAGAGCAGCAGAAAGAGCAGCAGAAAUUGAACGGUAAUCAGCAACGUAUCCGUUUAUCGUUGAACAAACGUGGCGAUGAGCCGGAAUCUCAUGUAGUGACAACUGAUGACUUGGGUCCUUCCGAGUUACGGCAUGUUAUCAACAAGUACUUCCGCGGCGUUGACGACGGUUCACAAAUGGACGGCAUGACUAUUAACGGCGAGAACUACACUGGUCAGCCACUUUCUUAUUUCUUGAAUAAGAUGAAUGACAAGAGCAUCCCUUUGAAGGUUGAAUUCGGUGUUUCUAACGAUGCUAAGCACGGUUCCGUACCUUUGAUGAACGUGAAAAUUCAACCGAAGUACAACGAGACUUUACGUUCAUAUUUCGAACGUGCAUCAGAUGAGCCAGGUGACUUCGGUUUAUCUCCGUUACAUGCUUACGGCGUUGAAUGUUUGAAUGAGAAGGGCGAGCGUAUCCAUGUAGAAGGUAUCCUCGAUUUACCGUUGAGUGCCUUGGGUAUGUGUAAAGAAUUGAGAGUUCAUCCUAGGGAACAAGGGCGCUCUCAGAGCCCUGGCCGUGUCUUUGCGGUGAACCCCGAUGAGAAGAUGGAGCUGCAUACUUCCAUUACUUUAGAUGAGAACAAAGAUAGCACUAGCAAUUUGAAUCGUCAGCUUCGCAACUUUUUGAUGGAUCUUCCUGAGGAUGAGUUGGACCACGUGACUAUAAUGAUCGAUGACAAGCCUAUGAAAUGUUCAGUUUCAUCAUUACGUGAGGCAUAUUUCGUCCGCAACUUGACUCUUGACAUGUUGCUUUCGAUGUGUAAUAUGGAUUCUCGAAAGGCUCAACCUAGUGUAUUCAAGAUUCACUUGGAACCUGGUUCUGAAAAAUCUAAGGGCGGUGAUUCUCGUCGUUCUCCCGUGUCAAAUGAUGGUACGCCUUUGUGCCACUUCACACUGCACAAAGGACCUCACGAUGUUGGUGUAUCUUCCACAGUGCCAAUAACCUUGGGUUCUCUGAAAUCUCCAUUGAAGGACUUUAACGGGAAACUUUUGGCUAUGUUUGGUGACACUAUAUCUCACAUUACUGAUGUUCGUCUAUCUGUUGUCCGCAACGGAGAGAUAUCGCCUUGCAGCCGUAAUGGAAAGAUGAAGAAUUUGUCUGAUUUCCAGAAGGUACCUUUACAGGUGAUCUUCCAGAUGUGUGGUAUUCCUAUUGGAAUCCCUGAGGCUAACACGUACUACCACUUCCGCUUGACCAUCCCAUUCGGUGAGGAUAUGACUUACUCUUCUGGUGCUGGUAUGGGCGGUAGUGUACCUGUCGAGAUGAUGUAUAAGGAUGAUGACGAAUAUUCUUCGAUCCAUUAUGACGAAGACCUUCGUGCUCCGCUUCAUGACUUUUUGGUAAACCAACCUGACCUUGACCGUAACCACAUGGAUCGUUAUUUGUUGCGUGUAAAGGGUGAGAAUCCUGGAAGUGAAUCUGUAGAACGCACGUUCAAGCUUAACCACUUGCCAUCUGAUAUGUCGUUGUCUAGUAUCUUCCCUCAUACGCCAAUGAGUAACAUUGUGUUCAAUAUUGAAGACACUGCUGACCCAUACAAUUCCGCUGGCGGUUGGAAGACUGGUAUGUCUUACCCAGCUAAUGACUACCGUAACAAUUUCGAUGCGAUUAAACGUCAGAUGAUAUUGAAUUUGAAGGCUAUGCACGGUAACAAGUUAUCUAAAUUGAAUGGUUAUAACGUGACGGUGUCUAUCAACGGUCAGAAGCAUCAAUGCAACAUCAAGAGCCUUCCUGACCUUGAGCGUAUGACUUUCGAAGAGUUCACUCGUUCGUGUGUGAACAUUGAGAACGUUCAGAACAAUCCGUUGAUUGACUUUAACGUUGGUUACGAGAGCGGUCGUGGUGAUCCUGAGAUUAACUUGAACUGCAUCUGUGGUGACUAUGACAACGUCCAGCAGUUGCAUCUCAAGCCUGGUGAUGCCAUCCCGCAAGCUGUGAUAGACAAGCUUACUAAGAAGUACACAGCUACAGGUUUACCUAAUGUUCAAUGGGGUAUUAUGAUCAACGGUAUGCCCGGCAAUUGUCACCUGGACGAUAUCACUACUCCAUUUUUCCUCUCUGAUUUAUUGGAAAGCUGUGGUGUGGAUGGCAUCCAUUCACGUCAUUUUGACAUUACUCUUCACGAUUUUGCUGUAGACAGGGACUAUGCUGCUUUGUUGGCAGAUGGCGAUAAGGGUAAAGGUAAAGAGGAGGGUGUUAAAGGUGGUGUAAAUGUGAAUGUGCAAGGUACAUCUGGUGCUGGUUUUUCUCCAUUGAUGUCUCCUACCACUCAUAUUUUACAUCCAUCAUCUGAGUUUUCUAACGUCCACCCUAACGUUUUCGUCAACAUGCCACAACAGUACAACGGCCCGAACAUCAAUAUGGACAACCGCAAGAGUUUGAACGAUUACGUGCAUGAGAUUGUGAUGGAUGAAGACCGUUCUGAUCCUGGCGUACCUAUAAAUGUCCAGAUCAACACGAAUGGUCAUCGUUACAAUAUGAAUGAUAUUCCUAUGGAUGACCUCAACUAUCCAUCUGGUUACUUGAAUGGUAACGUUUCUAUUAACGUUCGUCCGGAUCCAAGUGGUAGUCUGCCUGGUACUAUUCGUACCUUCCACUUACCUGCGACGGAUAAACCUCUUUCAUCGUAUCUCACUUUGCUUCGCAAUCGUAUCCCUGACAUGGAAAACAAGCGUUUGACCUUGGUUGGUCCCAAAUCUAUGCUUGAUGAAGACCGUAUUCCGUUGAAUCUUCUUAACAAGCCUAUGAAUGAGUUACGUAAAUUAGGAUUUGUUGUAUCUCUGGUUAACUCUCCUAAGGAUAUGAAUCCUUCUGGCGCUGUUACGGUUAACAUCUUGUCGCGUGACGGUUUCAAUAGCAGUGCUAACAUAAGUGACUUGCAAGAGCCAUUACGUGAUGUGUUUGCAAAGAUUGGUGCGAAUAAUGUGGAUCUUCAUUCACUUGCUGGAGCACGAUUCAAGGUUGUCAUUGACGGUAUAGAGAAGACUUGUGACCUUCCUAGUCUUGAUCGUUUGUUGACAUCUGUUUCUAUGCAGGAUAUUUUAUCUAGUUGUGGUAUUCGUGACUUGAACCACUCGCAUUCGUUCACAUUGUACUUCGAUAGUCUUUUGGGUGGUGAGAGCGGUGACCACCGUUCGCCUAUAAAGUUUGAAGUGGAUUUGGACAACAAUGUGGAUAGUUCUAAGAACGUUGACUUUUCUUCAGAUGUUGAUUUGAGUGGCGGUGCUCUUGACUUUUUGAAAUCCAAGCCGAACAGUCAUAUUUUCUUUGACAUGGAGGGUAAGGGUUUCCGUGAGUUUGUGGAGGUUGACACUGAGAAGUUCCGUAAAUUGUUGAAAUCUCACCCUAACGUGGUAGACCUUCUUCUUCGUAUGGGUAUCCCUCAAGAACAUCUUGGUGGCGUGGACUGUUUGAAGAUUAUUCUGUCGACCCUGUCCCAUGUGCUCCAGGGUCACCAGCAAUACAGCGUGAACAAUGGCACAUCUGAUGAGGGUUUCAAUUUGGAUGAUCCUAUAAGCAAGCAUAAAUCUAUUGUUGAUGUUGCUACUGUUUUGAAGGAGCAUCCUGAGCAGGAUGUCACAGUUUCUGUUAGUCUUUCCAACGGUAACACGAAAGAGUUCGUUGUUCCUAACCGUGAGUUUUUACACGCUUUGAAUGGCGGUUUGAGCUUUAAGACCGUUGCCUUAUGGGGAUUAUCGCAAUCAGAAGCUGAUCAGAUUACGAAUAUUCAUUUCAACACGGCACCUUUUGGUGGUCUUCCUGAUGAGUUGCCUGAGGAGGUUUUACCUAAAGAGAGCGCUUCAUCAUCUCCUGUGAAAAAAGGCCCCCCUAAGGCUAUGAACGAGAAGAACUCUGAGGGCGUUGCUUCAGAAGGAGUACCGAAACAGUCUGGUUCUGAAGGACGUCGCAGAUCGCUUAAUGCUGGUACUAUAACACCGGAUACGUUAUUACGUGAUGUUGGUGUGAUAUCUAAGGCUAUUCAAGAGCAUGAUCGUAAUGUGAAGUUUGUUGUAGGUCUUCAUGGAGGUCAUAAAUUGGAGAUUUUGGUGAAGGGUUCUAUGUUGAAGGGCGACACGGAGAACGGUUCUAAGAUAACUGAUUUGUUAUCUAAGUUCUUAAAGUCUGAAGACAUGUCUGAUAUCGCAUCUAUAUCUGUUCAAUUGGUAUCUGAGAGUCGUCGAUUCUUUGUUCCAUUGAAGAACCACGAUCCUGUUGUUAUGCCUAUAAUGGCUGCUGACUAUCCUCAGGAUUGUGAGAUUCAAGAGUUCAAGAACCCCUGGAACCCACCAGACGCUGUAUACCGUCGUCUAACUCUGGAGAAGGCUAUUGAGGGUUACCGCGACCAUUACAAGGUGCAAGGGAUGGAUGUGAAGGCCGCGUAUUUGCUUCGUAAAGAGGCUGGUAACAACAUUUCUGCUGAGUUGUUAUUCGACGAGUCUCAUCCUGCUACUAAGGAUGUAUUAGGUAGUAACAUCGGUAAGAGUAUUGAGAGUGGCAGCACUCUUUUCCUGAGGUUCAAAUCGUCAGGUGUAAUGGGACUCUUUGAUUACGUUUCUAGCGCUUUCGCGGUGUUUGUCGAGGUGAACUACUAUGUGAUUGGCGCUGGCGUUACUUAUAUAAUUGUAAAAUUGGUUGAGUUUCAACUGUUCAAAAGUCAGACAUCUUACGAUGAGCUCUUUGCUAAGCGUGUGAAACCAGCGUAUACUCUAGUUCUCGACCUCGAUGACACAAUUCUUCAUUCCGUGAGGACUCCGGGUAACAAUACUACGUCAUCUGUGGCGCUUACUAUGGGUAAGCGUGUCCUUAAUUUUGUGGUAUAUAAGCGUCCUCAUUUGGACACAUUCCUCAUGGAGAUGCGUAAGAUAUACGAGAUUGUGUUAUACAGUACAUCUAAGCAGUCUUAUGUCGAUGCUUGUCUGAACGACGCAUGCGUGAACCAUUUAUUUGAUCGUAAACUUUAUCGCAACGAUUGUUCCGUCGGCAGUGACGGUAGUUAUAUAAAGGAUUUGUCUAAGGUCAGUAGUGACAUGUCUAAGGUUGUCUUACUGCACAACCCUUUGCACGAGGGAUUUCAGUUUUUACCCAAUGUGGUACCAAUAGACAACUGGUUCGGCGGUCAAUCUGAUACUGCCUUGCUGGAUGUGAUGCCAUUUUUGGAAGCAUUGAUUCAUGUUGAUGAUGUGCGUCAAAUUUUGGAGCUGCGUUGUAAUGACCCAAGGGCCUAUGGUUCUGCUUUGAAUUUCAGGUUACAGGACUAUGUUGAUAGCCCUGCGGUAACUCCGAGAGAUGUUAUGCCCACGGAUAUAUCAAGAGAGCCUGAUAACUGGGAUACAAUUGGUGCUCGUUUGACAAGUCGUGUGAAGCAAAUCUUUGACACGGUGGGUUCUGAGACCGAGCUUCCCAAUCAGUUACGGUUGGGUGAAGUUGCAGAGGGCGUGUUUAAUAAUUGA